UUUUUUUGAUAACAUAACAUUUCAAAAAACUUUCAAAACAAUCACCUUUUCUUAAAAAACAAAAACAACAUAGAAGUCGUAUUAAACGUCGUUUGAAAUUGACCAGUUCUUCGCACAAAAUGCUAUCAUCACAUCGGGUUGUCAUUUAUACACUCCUUCUCACCAACAUAAUGAUUUUGUGUCCAGGCGCCUCAAGCGUAUUCUCAACCGAUUUCUGUAAAUUGAAAUGUGGCAGCCGAUGGCACACGCUCUGCGAUCGGGAGAGUUACGAUAACUGCAGCUACAAAUCGUACCACAUUUACGAAAGUACAGAACUGGAAGACAUGGAUCUACGGCAGCAACUCAUUACCGCGCAUAAUGGCGUGCGUGACCGUAUUUCCAGUCGCAUGCAGGUCGCCGAUAUGGUAUUGAGCAAAUGGAGCAAACAGUUGUCAACGAUGGCCGAGAAUUGGGCCCGUCAGUGUCGCCCGCAUGAGGAUGAUGAAUGUGCGCACACGUCAACGCCAAUUAGCGUGGAAACUUUAAUGAAUCGCACACAAGGAGAUCAGCAAGAAAUGUUUGUGGCAAUGAAUCGCUUUUGUAUCACAUCGCAUUAUUUACCGCGUGAACUACUGCAAAUGGCUUUUCAUAAUUGGUACUUCGAGAAGGAUCACAUGCAGCCGCCGACAAAGCAAAACUUUCAAAAUCUCACAUUCGGACUGCUUAGUGGGGAAAAUAAUUUUACGCAUUUCGCUUUUCCACGUAUUAGACGCAUUGGUUGCAGUGUCGCCAGAUAUGACAAUGAGUACUGCCUCUUUUGCUUCUACGAUCCCUACUUUAGACAUGCCGAGGGUAUGCUGUUUGUUUAUGGCACACCAGCGACACACUGCCCAUUUCAAUAUCCACUGAGAGAUCUCUUUUUUCACAGAAUGUGUACGCGUAAUCUCUACCUGGAUUCUGAUGAACUCAAUCUUGCUGUUUUCAAAACUUAUAAAUCGACUUUCUUAUUAAUUUUUAACUUUAUUCUUUUUCUCUUUUAAUGUUUAAACAAUUUUAAGUUUCUUAUAACUAUCCAUAUAUAAUUUUCUGGUACAACCUUUAAAUCAACUAGUUUCCUUUGCCACUGUAGGUGGUACGCAAUAGCGCGAAAAAUUGAUAGGACAUGCUGAUAACCUAUGAAGAGAUGAAAGAAACUUAUUGAGUAUUAUAUUUUUAUAGUAAAUUCUAGUACUGUAAGCAUAUUUGCAGAGGAUAUCAUAUUUUAUAUAUUCGAAGAAAAUGUCAAAAUUGCUAUACCUUAAUUUUGUUGUGGCAAGAUUCUCCCAUUUGCUUCUGAUCUAUUUCAGAGCUCUUUGUGUUCGAAUUUUUAGAUAUAUUUUAACUUCAAGAGAUAGCAUAUUUAUUUAUUAUACGAUGACAGUUCUCAUUACGUCAAAUACAUUGACAGCCAAAUGCAUUGACAGCUCGUUUUAAACCAAUUUCACAUCCGUGGAAGAAGUGAAAAUUCUAGCUGUUAAUCAUUUUAGUAUUAAAUGUUAACCCUACGGACAGGGGUCCAUCGAAAUUGUACUGUUGUCAAUUUAGUGUCAUUAAAUUUGACAUAACAAAAACCCCUCAAUAACUCUUUUAUCACCAUGAAUACACAUUACUAAGGCCUAUGAAUAAAAUUUGCGAGACUUGAUACUCUUUUCAUAGUUUUUCUCGAUGCAGUAGAUGACAUGUGUCAUCCAUAUUGUACUGUUAGCCAAUUUAGUGUCAUUAAAUUUGACAUAAUGAGAACCCCACAUUAUGACUUUCACCGUCAUGGAAUAAAUAUUCCAAAAGCAUGUGAACAAAAUUUGAGAAUUGUGAAGUACUCCACCGUAAUUUUUCGUUAGGAUUUCAGUUUUCGUGAAAAUAUUAUGUUAUCCAAAUAUAAACUCGAAAA